AUGGUAAUAAUAACAUCUGUUGUAUUGAAGAGAAGUUUAUUUCAACUUAACAGUGUCUACCGAGGUCAAAUCUAUCGAACUAUGGCAUCACAACCAUUGACUUUGGAAAAUAUCAGCAAACUAAGAGAUGACUUCUACAAAUGCCCAAAAAAUGAACUUGCACAGAAUGUAUGCACAAGGUUUGAUCCCUUUGAAGUUGCUAUCAGUAAGAGAAAGACGGAUACGCAACUACAUGUUUAUAACAUCAAGGUUGAAAGUGAAGGGAAGCCGGUAACAAAUCAAGAGAACUCUGGUCGCUGCUGGCUUUUUGCUGCUCUGAAUGUAAUGAGACUUCCUUUUAUGAAGAAAUAUGGCCUGGAAGAGUUUGAAUUUUCUCAAAGUUACCUGUUCUUCUGGGACAAAAUAGAGCGUUCAUACUACUGGCUCAACAACAUUGUGUCAACUGCGAAGCAGGGCGAAACCCUUGAUGGAAGAUUAGUUAACUUCCUACUGAAGGACCCAAUAAAUGAUGGGGGCCAAUGGGACAUGAUUGUUAACCUGGUGAAUAAAUAUGGUCUCAUGCCUAAGAAGUGCUUCCCGGAGUCAUUUAGCUCACGGAAAAGUCUGCAUAUGAACGCCAUCAUUAAGACGAAGUUACGCGAAUUCGCUAAGGAGUUGCGUGAAUUGGUGUCUAAUAAAUCAUCGGAUGAGGAGGUACAGGCAACCGUGGACAAACAGAUCGCUGUUAUAUACCACAUCGUGUGCACUUGCUUAGGAACUCCUCCGGAUAAAUUCACUUUUGAGUUUUACAACAAAGAGAAAGCGUAUAAAAACUUCGGACCACUCACACCGCAAGAGUUUUACAAUCAACACAUACGUUCACUGUAUAACGUAGAUGAUAAGGUGUGUCUAGUCAACGAUCCACGGGAAACGAAUCCGUUCGGUGGCCUUUACACGCUGCAGUGUUUGGGCAACGUUGUGGGAGGAAGAGAGACGGCAUACAACAACCAACCAAUCGAGACUCUAAUGAAAGUUGUAAAAGAUAGUAUAGCAGGUGGUGAAGCGGUUUGGUUUGGUUGUGAGGUGUCCAAACGAUUUGAGAGGAAAAACGGGCUGGAAGAUCUCGACGCCCAAGACUACAAGUUGGUGUUCAACACAGAGGUCCAAAUAGGUCUCCAAAAAGCUGACAGACUGUUGUACGGGGACUCCUGUAUGACACACGCGAUGGUCUUCACGGCCGUGGGUACAGACGAGGCUGGCAACCCUCGUAAGUUCCGAGUGGAAAACUCGUAUAGCGAUAAGGAAUACGACAAGGGAUACUUACUACUCACUGAACCGUGGUUUAGGGAGUUUGUGUUCGAGGUGGUCGUAGACAAGAAGUAUGUACCAACUGAAGUUCUGGAUGUAUUUAAAAAGAAGGCCGUGGUGCUGCCCGCCUGGGAUCCAAUGGGCACUCUCGCCUGUCCACUUUGCUCACAAUAA